AUGCCGCCUAUGGGUGGAAUUAGGCCAGCGCGAACGGACCAUGACGACGACGACGACGGCUACAGCGACGACGUCAAAGACAUGUGCUUCGCCGCAGCUGGCCCACCCCCGCCUUAUCCCACGGCCUGCCUCACAAAGGACUGCAGAGUCCUGAAGUUCUUUUCACGAGUGAGCUUCAAGGAGGAUUAUGCGGCGGCCUACGUUAUGGUGUGUCUUGGCUGUCAUCGUCCUCAGUACCCCGAGCAGUGGGGACCGUCUGAAGAAGACCUGGUCAAUAUCGAAGCCCAGCGCAAGCGCGACCGCCUUAAAAAGCGUGCGGACAAUCAUCAGAAAGCGCUACAGCGAGCGCGCGGCACCCGCAAGGUCAACCGUGAACUUGAGACUCGCCCGAAGUCACAGAAGAAGGAUAUAAAACCCGCUCGACCUUUCAAGAUUGUCGGCAACGUCCUGGGGGGCUUGGUCAACACUGCGAACUCGGCUGGCCCUUCUCGGCGAGACUUAUAUCGCGGGCGCACAAUCACUGUGUUGCUAUGGAACCAGAUCGACCAGCUGCCACUAGAGAAGAAGGUCGACAUCGAGGACGCCCGGCUGCUGCAUUUCGCGGAGGCCGCGUGGGUGCAAGAUGCAUGCGGCCCAGACUCACUGCUCAUCUUCGACGUGUGGCUGCUCGACGUGGCACAGUGGUCAACCGUGACUUGGUCGACGACCCCCAUUGACGUCUCGCUGCAAGAGGACACGGUGUUUGUCCGCGUCAUUGGACUGCCCUGCACUGGGUUCGGUCAUUACCUGAAGCAGUACGAGGAGACGCACAACAUGGGAUGCCGGCGUCGCGGCGUGGAGAUGCCAAGCGAUGUCUUGUCCUGCGAACCCGACAAGGUCUGGGUCGCUCUGUGGAGCGCCAACAGCCAAGGGCCGAAGCUGUACCAGGUCGCGAUCAUCAAAGAGUCCGGACGCUCGGUGGCGCGCUGGGUAGAUCCGCCGGAACUCAAAAGCGCGCACCAUCCGUGUUACUGGAUCGAGGGCGAGACGCAGUGGCAGGGAUACGCAGGCGUCAGCGGAGCGCGGGUCGCGUGCCUCCCCGGAGUCCCAGUCAUUCUGCUCCGUCGCCCAGACGUUCAGCAGCUGCUCGGGCUCGGGGAUGUCCUGGAGUACUUGGAAAACGUACGCGCUAUCCAACGCGCGUCUGGUGAGAGGCCCGCCGCUAUGACUGCGGUGCACGCUGCACGUGCGCGAGACCCGCCAUCUCCGCAAGCCGGACCGUCGAACAUCAAAGAGGAGGCCACCGCACGGGCACAGACCGUCGGGAGUGCUGUCAUAAGUGGGUACGACUCGGACGCGCACGCAGCUCAAGCAGGUCCGUCGACCUUGCUGCGCCGAGUCAAAAUUGAGCCUUCCGCGCAAGCCGUGAAAGGCAAAGAGACGAAAAAGGACAAGGGGAAAGCGAGGGACAUGGGAACGGACUGGCGGCGGGAUGUAGAGGGCGCGGGUUUCCGUGUCCUCAUCGAGAAUGGCGAGGAAGUCAUUGAGAUAUAG